AUGAAGUUCUCAACUGUGGUUAUUCUCAUCAUUAUAUUCACUUCCACUACACCAAUGGCUCUUGCUGCCUCUGUUCGUAUCAGGAUGCCAAAGGGUCCAGUAAAGCCUGACUCGUACAUUGUUAUGCUGAAAUCCAGUACAAAUAUGGAGGACCAUAUCAAGAGUAUUACUCAGAUAUCUGCCCGGAGCCCUGGGUCAGAAUUUUCAAUUACUCACCGGUAUGGAAUGCUGAAUGGCUACUCUGCACAUGCAACUGGAACAUCCCUUGCUCGCAUCCUCAUUUGCCCUGAAGUUAGCUAUGUUGAAGCUGAUGGCACAACUUCCAUUGGCUAUGACCUCCAUGGCUAUGACCUCCAUGGCUAUGACCACCAUGAGAGGGAUGCGACAGAGCAUGACAAUGAUGGGAUUAAAAUGGAGGAUAAUCUGGUUGAACUCAAAGAACGUGCCGAUGGGCGUAUAGUCACUGUUUAUUCACUAGAUAGUGGAGCCAACCUUCACCACAUAUGCUUUGUAUCUGAUGAAGCACAGUUUAGCUGGGGUCAUACUGUAACUGGUACCCAUGGGGUGGACACUUUUGGUGCUGGCACAUAUAUUGCAGCAAAGGCAGUGGGAGAAGGUUUUAGCUUGCCAUCGUUGGCCAACCUUAGGGUUGUGAAGAUCACAGAGGACGAUGAGGUAGCUGCCUCCGACCUAAUUGAAGGCAUUGAGUGGGUUUACACCGAUAGCAUUGAGUCGGUCGCUCCACAACAGAGGGGUUCUCCCAUCAUUAUGAUAUGCUGCCACUUUCUUGAUUAUCUUGCCAUUAACGAAGCUGUCAGCUGGGUCAUCAAUUUGGGGUUGCACGUUGUAGUUUGUGCAGGGGAUCAUGGUGUGGAUGCAGGACAAUUCGGUCCUGCAAAUGUAAUUGGAGCUAUCACUGUUGGGGCUGUCAGUGCCAGUGCAGCAACACACCAAUACGUAAUCUCCCACUCCAACUAUGGAAAGGUCAUCAGUGUUUUUGCCCCAGGUAUCAACAUUCAAAGUGCUUGGAAUGGCCCUGGUCUGGAUGCAUUGAUGACACUUAGUGGCACUGCACCAGCUACUGCAUGGGUUGUGUCCAUGUUAGCCUGCAUUUUACGUCGAUAUGGUUGGAUGUCACCUGCUGAGCUGAGGGAGGCAUUGCGGGAGCAUGCCAGGGAUGUAGUUACAGGCCAGCCACCGGGCUCAGAUACUCCGGGCUUGUUGGCAACAAUGUGGUGGUGA